CUCACGGUAAUGGUUCUCAUUGACCAGCUGGACGAGCCCGCGGUUUCCCACAAAGAACUUCAAGCACUCACAGAAGCGGACGCCGUUUUACAAGAAGUAUGUAGGAACCACGAAUUGCCGAAGAAUCCAGGUGCUGAGUCUGCGAGUUGGUACUUCGCUCCUGGAGAUGCCGUCUAUGUGCGCAACUACGGCGUUGGAGACAAGUGCACACCAGGCAAAGUGAAAUCGACGAGUGGGGCACGUCUCGUCACUGUAGCUACGGAAGACGGCGUCGUUCGACGUCAUGUCGAUCAGGUGCGAAAACGUUCAUCCGACACAGAUGCAAGCCGAGAAACAUCGACUCCAGAAGAACCGCCACCCGAGGGACAACACCAAACGACCAAGGAUGCCCCGAAAUGCGAAGCGGAUGACCUUUCCAAAAGCCCUGUCCCCGAGUUACGUCGAUCCACAAGAAUCAGAAAGCCCGUGGAACGCUACGGCUACUAGGGGGAAGGAAUGCUGCAGAUAACAAGUCCGGCCAAAUGACUCCCCUCGGCGCAUACGUCUUUCUCUCCUCUUGCUUUUCUAUAUAUUUCCGAGCUGGAAAUAAAGGCUCGCAGUUUUUGCUCUGCCACAUCGACUGAUUUCCUUGUCACCGCUGCUGGCCUAUGGCCGGUAGAACGUAAGAGUUGUAAAUUUCGUUGGGCAUCAGGAUAUAAUCUAUUGUUGACUGUCUGUUUCUAGGCUCUCAUGUAAUCGUGUCAUUGCAUUUGGUCUCUCUGUUCAUAAUCACCAGAUUAUGCGGCUCGCUUUUGUCAGGCAGCAGGUUGUAAUAUUUUCUGCGAAUCCGUCCAAGUCAUCAGUGUAGGUGUUCAUGUCUCCUGGUAUUAUAACUUUGCUCACUUUCUGAACUCUUGAAUAUCUUCAUGUAGAAAAUGUUCCGACCCUUCGUACACCAAUAUGUGUGCCCCCUAAUGCCUCUGAUCGACGUAGCAUUCGCCAGCUUAUAAUUUCCGAGAUUUGGCUGUGCAUAUUAGACGCUGUGACCAGACAAAUUUGUUGCGGCCAGAUAAGACGCAGCUUUGUUUCAAUAGGUUCUCUCUGAUGUGUGUUGCAUUGGAUAAGAACCACAUGUAAUUUAAUCUUUUGACACUCACUGAUGCUUGCAGUUAUUUCAUUUUAUGGUCUUGGUUUUAGCAAUGAGAUUUUGGUGUGAUAAAGUCGUGAAUACAAAAAGAUAGAAAAAGUAAAUGCUAUACGUGUCAUUGGUGUAUUACACAUUUGUGGAUCUAUUGAUUUCAAACGUAGGCAUUUCCUGUUUUAGUUUCUAAAGGCAAUUUGAGUGUUUGCAGUGCACUAUUUGAGAAUUAUAAAUCAGUCUUGGUGGUCCUGUGGUAUUCAUUCAUUUAGUGGUAUAUGUUGGUGUCAUACGUA